CAAAAUCGAUACAGAAUUCAUAUAGGCAUAAAAAUUCCCUCGUACCGGAAAAAAAAAAAAAAGAAAAAAAGAAAAUCCCUUUCCUCAUCGCGGGGAAUAUCAACGUGUGCUACGUGCCGUAAUGAAACAGAGAACAAACUGAAUCAUGGAGCCUCCAACUUUAAAGGAGGCCCAUAACUUCAGCCCCUAUCUCUUAAGCCGUAACUAUCUUCAACUGCCACUUCCUCGGAGCUCACUGGCUGGCGCCGCCGUACGGCAAUUUUCUUUGAUGUUAAAAUCCUUUCUCUCCCCUUCCAUCUCCGGCUGCCACCAUGCAACCAUCUCCACCGUUGAUUACUGGCCCUAUCAGAACUCUAACGACCACCGUCCGACCUUCCACGAUCAUCGUCCAAGCCUACCACUACCAGCAAUCCAAUCCAAAAUUCAGUAGGUUUUUUGGGUAUACGACCGAUCUUGUUGGUGGUUGUAGCCGUAGAUUUCCUGCUUGUGCAAGUACCAGCUCAGGGCCUCAAGUUCCGGCUGCUUCUGCUCCUUUAAUCCAAUCCGAUUUCAGCGCUGCGCCCCGGACUUCGGCACUGGAAAAGUUGGAAACCAUAGAGGAGGGCCUGGAAAAGGCCAUUUAUCGAUGCCGAUUCAUGGCGUUUUUGGGCGUCUUAGGGUCUUUGAUUGGGUCUGUACUCUGUUUUGUCAAGGGGUGCGUUCAUGUGGCAGCAUCUUUCUCAGAAUAUUUUGUAAAUCGUGGAAAAGUGAUAAUGUUGCUAGUUGAAGCCAUAGAUGUGUAUCUCUUGGGGACUGUGAUGCUGGUCUUCGGCACGGGUCUCUAUGAGCUGUUUAUAAGCCAUCUCGGAACUGCACAAUCGCCAUCAAUGAAAAACGCUGAGCAUAGAUCUAACUUAUUUGGCCUAUUCACUUUGAAGGAACGACCGAAAUGGUUGUACAUCAAAACCGUCAACGAACUGAAAACGAAACUCGGGCACGUCAUAGUGAUGCUGCUUCUAAUCGGGUUCUUUGAGAAGACAAAGAAGGUGGUCAUACAAUCUCCAGGUGAUUUGCUUUGCUUGGCUGUUUCAGUAUUCCUUUCCUCUGGUAGCCUCUUUUUGUUGUCUAAACUAACCGAAUGAAAGUAAUAAGUUAUGUACAAAUAUAAAAUAUAUAACACACUUUUUUAGUUUUUUUCUUUGGCCCCCUUCUGGAACCAUGAAAUCUUGGUUCUUGUAAAUGGGCGUGUAAGAUAACUCCUGGAGAGAUGAUGUUGUAGUGUAGAUUUACUGUAAAUUAAGGAGGAAAUAAAUAAGGGGAUAAAGCUUUAGAAAGCCACUUGUGGGUUC